CCCCACCGUCCCGCCCCUUUUCCACCGCUCUCCGCUGAAGGAGGAAGUUUGUCCGUCGCGGGCUACCGUCCGCCGGUAGCGUGCUGCCGUCCGGGUCCUGCGGCCUCCGGAGCGGGAAGAGCCUCAACUCUGCGCUGCUCUCGUCCUCCCCCUCGGCCCUGCCGCCUGCUCCGCCAUGAGUGAGAAGGGCGAGCUGGACCUCACCGGGGCCAAGCAGAACACGGGCAUGUGGCUGGUGAAGGUCCCCAAAUACUUGUCACAACAGUGGAGUAAAGCUUCAGGAAGGGGUGAAGUGGGAAAACUAAGGAUUUCCAAAAAUCAAGGAAGAACAGAAGUGUCAUUUACUUUGAAUGAAGAGCUUGCAAACAUCAGUGAUAUUGGAGGAAAACCUACUUCAGUCAGUGCACCAAGAGAACAUCCAUUUCUUUUGCAAAGUGUGGGAGGACAGACCUUAACAGUGUUCACAGAAUGUGCAGUAGAAGGCCAACCAGAAGACAAAUCUGAAAGCAGCUGCACUGAUAAACUUGCCUUGGAAGGAAUAGUGGUGCAACGUGCUGAAUGCAGGCCUGCAGCUAGUGAAAAUUACAUGAAACUGAAAAGAUUACAGAUAGAAGAGUCUUCUAAGCCUGUUAGGCUAUCACAGCAGCUGGAGAAAGCUGUAACCACAAACUAUAAGCCUGUGGCUAACCAUCAGUAUAAUAUUGAAUAUGAGAGGAAGAAGAAAGAAGAUGGAAAACGUGCUCGAGCUGAUAAACAACAAGUGUUGGACAUGCUUUUCUCAGCCUUUGAGAAACAUCAGUAUUACAACAUUAAAGACCUGGUGGACAUAACCAAACAGCCAGUGAUAUACUUGAAGGAAAUUUUAAGGGAAAUAGGCAUCUACAACGUGAAGGGGACCCACAAAAACACUUGGGAGCUGAAGCCAGAAUACAGACACUACCAAGGAGAAGAAAAGAGUGAUUAACAAAAGCAUUUACGAAGCAAGAGGGAAUUGGAGUAAUUGCACUGGGGUAACCAUGGUGGCUUUACAGACAGGACUGAGCACAGUGCAAUUCUGCAAGGAUGAAGUUAAAUUAAAGCAGAUGAUACUUUGUAAUUUUCCAUAGCUUCAGUUUUUUUCCAAGGAAUAUUUCUUGUAUGUUUAUAUAAGGGUAUUGUCUUUUGACAGGAAAAAAAAAUGUUUACAGAAUAAACUUGCAUUAGAUUUGUCUUCAUUAGAAAUCUUUUGAGUUCUGAUCUUCCUUUUUCUUGGGUUUGUGGCACUUUUAUUAACAUUUUUUUUUUAUUUUGUGGUUUUUCCAAGCCUCAGUGACUUUGAAGGAAAACAUGUCUUAGAGGAGCCCAUAAUUUUGUGGGUUUGCAUCCCAGUAGAACCAGGUUAAUCGCCUCACUUCUGCUGGGAUCUGUCAGGGUUUCUUCUGGAAGGCUACACAGGUAGAUAAACCUUUAUGCAGUGUUUGGGUGGAGCAGACACAAUGCUCCUUUUGGGAUCAGUUUAUAGGAAAACAAGCCACAUCUGUGGUGCUCAUCACAGUCCUUGGACUCCAUGGGAACAAAUCAACACAGUUUAAAACCUGUGAAGUGAAGGCUGUUUGAUGCACAGGGCAGUGGGAAGAUAACAAUCUCCUCCAGAUGAUUACUGAUUUAAAAAAAAGAGUGAAAUGUCUGUCCACUGGGUACAUCAAGGAACAGAUUUAUCUUUUGUUUGUUUUUUAUUAUGUUAUCUGUGGUUUGUGUUUAAGCAUGUCAAUAAAAGUGUUAUUUUAAUUUG